AUGGAGGGCUCUCACGCAAAAACAACUCUGGUCCACGAGAUCCUUCGCUUGUACGGUGUCCCUACCAUCUUCAUUAACAUCUUCAAGGACCUGUACUUGCGAUCAUGCUGUUGCGUUAAGACCGGAAAUGGUCACACCGACUUCUUCAAAAUCACCACCGGCGUCAGGCAGGGCUGCAUCCUGUCACCUCUACUUUUUCUCAUUGCCCUCGACUACGUCAUGCGGCGAGCCGGUGCCCAUACAGAACCUGGCAUCCAUUGGUCUGAUCAAGACCGUCUUGGCGACCUUGAUUUCGCUGACGACAUUGCCUUACGUGAGGAAGACGAGCUGAAGCUACAGCAAGGAAUGACCAAUCUAAGAAGAGAAGCUGGCAAGAUUGGCCUGAGGAUCAGCUCUGAAAAGUCAAAGAUCAUGCAUGUCAGCUCCAAGGACCCACGGCGAGGGAUCUACAUCGGAACACAGCAGCUAGAAGAAGUGGAGAAAUUCACCAACCUCGGUAGCGUGAUUUCCCACGAUGGCGAUGCGGAGGUGGAUGUUAAAUGGCGCAUUGGAAAGGCAGCUGCAGUAUUUCGGAGGAUGAACAAGAUCUGGUCCUCCCCGACCAUCUCCCUCAAGAUCAAACUCCACUUCUUUAAUUCAAUCGUGAUCCCAACCGCCAUUUAUGCCAGCGAGACUUGGAAGGUGUCGGCCUGCAUCAACACCAAGCUCGAUGUCUUUCAGCAGCGAUGUCUUCGCCGGAUUCUGAGGAUCCGCUACAUCGACCGCAUCACCAACGAGGAGAUCCUGCGAAGGAGUGGCACAGUUGAACUUCACAACAUCGUUGCAUGCAAAAGGCUCCGACUGGCUGGCCAUAUCCUCCGCAUGGAUGAUGCACAAAUUCCAAAAACAGCGAUGCGCUGGCAACCCCUGGGUGUUAAAAGACCACGAGGACGUCCCUGCAACACCUGGCGAAGACUGACUGAAGUCCACAAGAAGAUGAUGAUGGAGAAAGAGGAGGACAGAGCAGAGUCUGCAGGAUCCAGCUGUGAAAGUGACGACUCCAGAGAUAAUCCUCCAUACUUCUGUGAUGAACCUAGAGCAAUGAGAGGUCAGAGGUCACAGUCUGCAGGGUCCAGCUGUCCAUCUGUGAGGAGUGACGUGUCCAAAGGAAACCCUCCACUCUUCAGUGCUGAACCUGGACCAACGAGGAAGAGGAAGAGGAGUGGUGUUUGUGAGGAGGAGCAGCUGUCCUGCUGUUCUUUGUGUCAGGACGUCCUGAAGGAUCCAGUUUCUACCGGCUGUGGACACUGGUUCUGCAGACAGUGCAUCUCCUCAUACUGGGACCACUCUGCUUCAUCAGGAGACUCCUCCUGUCCCCAGUGUGGAGAAAGAUCCAGAACCAGAGCUGGACUGCAGACAGCCAGUCAGAGCAGCUGUGUACAAACAGAUGUUGGUCUGCAGGAGGUUUUACAUGAACAUAAGAUCAGUCUGAGGAGGAGAUGUGAACAUGUGACUGAAGCAAGUGAUGAAACAGGAAGUAGAACCCUCCUCAACAGGAUCUACACUGAGCUCUACAUCACAGAGGGACAGAGUGAAGAGGUUCAUACCCAACAUGAGGUGAGGCAGCUGGAGACAGCUUCCAAGAUGGACGCCCUCCAUGACGCUCCAAUCAGGUGCCAGGACAUCUUUAAAGCCUUCUCUGACCAACAGAGACCCAUCAGAGUGGUUCUGACCAAUGGCGUGGCUGGUGUUGGAAAAACCUUCUCAGUGCAGAAGUUCACUCUGGACUGGGCAGAGGGCUUGGAGAACCAACAUGUCAGUGUGGUGGUUCUGCUUUCAUUCAGGGAGCUGAACCUGAUCAGAGAUGAGCAGUACAGUCUUCUGGAGCUGCUCCAUGUUUUCCAUCCAACAUUACAGAAGGUCACAGCAGAGAAGCUGGCUGUCUCUCAGCUUUUGUUCAUCUUUGACGGCUUGGAUGAAAGCAGACUUUCAUUGGAUUUCACCAACAGGAAGCUGCUGUCUGAUGUCACACAGAAGUCAUCAGUCAGCCAGCUGCUGACAAACCUCAUCCAGGGGAAUCUGCUUCCCUCGGCUCUCGUCUGGAUAACUUCCCGACCUGCAGCAGCCAAUCAGAUCCCUCCUACAUGUGUUGACAGGCUAACAGAAGUACGAGGCUUCACUGAAGCCCAGAAGGAGGAGUACUUCAGGGGGAGGUUCAGUGAUGAAAAGCUGUCCAGCAGAAUCAUCUCCCACAUGAAGACAUCCAGGAGCCUCCACAUCAUGUGUAGCAUCCCAGUCUUCUGCUGGAUCACUGCUACAGUUCUGGAGCACAUGUUGACUACAGAGCAGAGAGGAGAGCUUCCCAAGACCCUGACUGACAUGUACUCACACUUCCUGCUGGUUCAGACAAAGAGGAAGAAGAACAAGUACCAUGAGGGACAUGAGACGAGUCCACAGGAGCUGACGGAGGCGGACAGGGAAGUUCUUCUGAAGCUGGGGAGGCUAGCGUUUGAACAUCUGGAGAAAGGAAACAUCAUGUUCUACCAAGAAGACCUGGUGCAGUGUGGUCUGGAUGUCACAGAGGCCUUGGUGUACUCAGGAGUUUGUACAGAGAUCUUCAAAAGAGAGUGUGUGAUCUUCCAGAAACCAGUCUACUGCUUUGUUCAUCUGAGCAUCCAGGAGUUUCUGGCUGCUAUCUACAUGUUCCACUGUUUCACGAACAGAAAGACAAAGGUGCUGGAGGACCUCCUGGGACAAAUUCAUUGGAAAUCAUCUCUGGAUGAUUUCCUGAGCAGAGUGAUAUAUAAAUCCCUCCAGAGUAAAAAUGGCCACCUGGACCUGUUUGUUCGAUUCCUUCAUGGCCUCUGUCUGGAGUCCAACCAGAGACUCUUAGGAAGUCUGCUGGGUCAGACAGAGAACAGUCCAGAAACCAUCCAGAUCGUCAUCAGCAACCUGAAGAAGAUGAACAGUGAUGAAAUCUCUCCUGACAGAAGCAUCAACAUCUUCUACUGUCUGAUGGAGAUGAACGACCUCUCAGUACAUCAGGAGAUCCAAGAGUUCCUGAAGUCAGAGAACAGAUCAGAGAGGUUUCUCUCUGAGAUCCAGUGCUCAGCUCUGGCCUUCAUGCUGCAGAUGUCAGAGGUGGUUUUGGAUGAGUUGGACCUGCAGAAGUACAACACAUCAAAACGGGGACGACUGAGACUGAUUCCAGCUGUGAGGAACUGCAGAAAGGCUCUGUGA